AUGGCGCCCUCCCAGCACGAGCCGUUCUGGCUCCGAGCCCGCCCACCACAAGCCCCUUCCAGAACCAAGGCUUCCGGCCCUUCCCCCCAGCACGAGUCCAUGUGGCACAGAGCCCAGCCAACACGAGGCCCUCCCCGCAGGAGGCUACGACAAGACGCCCCUUCGGGCGAUUCCCCCAACAGCACUUCCUGUAUGAGACCCUCGCAGCACCGGCCCUUCCGGCGGCGCUGCGAUGUGACGUCACGGACACGUCUCCGCCAGGGGUCGCUCUUUGCCCCAGCGGUUGACAGUUUCCUGCGCGGCCGGGCUGCAGGCAGCAAUGGGAGAGGCGCCUCUCGGCCCUUUUCUCACUCAUCAGCCUGCACGGCCGCGGGGUCCGCACUGAGCCCCCUCCAGAUCCUCUGGGGAGAACCCACAGGAAGUAACCCCAACAAAACCCCCAAAAUAGGGACUCCAUGGUGGACACCCACGCCUUCCGCCCGCGAGGACCUGACCCGCUCCCAACACAAAAACCCCAAAGCGCCCCCAGUGCGCUCUCCCCGAACCCCCAAACACGCAAGAAACCCCCCUCUGAACAGGCUGAGGAACCCCAACCUCACCUUUCUAGAGCGUCGACCUAACUGCUCUUUCUCAAUGGCGGACGGGCCCUCGUGCCCAACUGAAGCCACGCCCAGCCGACGUCGGUUGGCGUCUCCCCGGCGACCGGCGUCUCCUUAUGACGCAAUAGACACGCGCUGCGUCGCAGUUAGUGCCGAGCGGCCGCCCACCUCCCGGCGACCACCGCGCGCGCCCUGCCCGCUCGAAAAACAACUACUUUGCAUACUUUUCAAUACAGUUUAA